AUGCAAGGCCUGAGACUCCACUGCGACACAUGGUCCAAGUUGAAAUACGUCAGUCAGUUCGAAAACCAGCCAGGCUUCGACUUCCUAAGACACAGUCGCAACCCAAAUGUUCCUACCGAAGUUCUCGUCCCCGCGGAUCUGCUGGACGAUUUCAAGCUAGAACUGUCGGAAAACCGGAUUGCUUACGAGAUAUUCAUCGAGGACGUGAGCACAGCCAUCGACGAGGGACUCGAGCAGCAGAGAAAAGCUCGUCUCACCGACAGCAGCAGUGAUGACAUCCUCAAAUCCUUCCCGCGAUACGAUGAGAUAAAACGAUACCUGGAUGGCUUAUGGAGGACUCAUAGGGGCACGGUAACACAAUUCGUGCUAGGCAAGAGUUUUGAGGGUAGGGACAUUGUAGGCGUAAAGAUUUCUAGCAGUGGGACGAACAAGCCUGCGGUUUUCAUCGAUGCCGGUAUACACGCUAGAGAAUGGAUAGCCCCGACCACGGCUAUUUACGCCGUCAGACAGCUGGUGGAGAACGUGACGAACAGCUAUCUUUUCGAUAAUGUUGACAUUUACGUCGUUCCGUCGUUGAACGUCGAUGGUUACGAAUACACCCAUAAGGAUAAAUAUACUCGGUUGUGGAGGAAGACGCGAUCCAUUAAUCCGGAGAGUCGUUGUGUGGGUACCGAUGGGAAUCGCAACUUUGAUUAUUAUUGGGCCACUGUUGGAGCAUCUAAUAAUCCUUGUGCGGAAACUUAUGCUGGUCCUAAGCCAUUUUCCGAGCCCGAAACUGUCGCAUUGAGAGAUUUCCUUCUGUCAAUCGAAAAUCUCCGAGUUUAUCUUUCCUUCCACUCAUACGGAAAUUACAUUCUCUACCCGUGGAGUUACACUGCGGAGCUUCCGGAAAACGAGCCCGAACUUAGGUGUGUCGGUAAGAAAGCAGAACUGGCACUUUCGAAAGUCCGUGGGACUCGCUUCACUGUCGGCUCCUCCAUGGCCACUUUGUAUGCAUCGGCUGGCUCCUCUGAUGACUGGGCAAUGGCGGUGGCUGGCUCGAGUUUGGCGUACACCAUCGAGCUGCCCGGCGGUUCCUGGCAGUUUGCGCCUCCACCGAGAGAAAUCCUACCCGUGGGUCAGGAAGUCUUUGAGGCCCUCAAAGUCUUCGUUCAAUAUGCCGACGGAGAGAUUUGCCAGGAUGCAGCGAGUCAAUAG